AUGUCGCAGGUUGUGGACACGCCCUCGUCGAUGCCUCCAGCAUACAAGGUGCUGUCGGCGUCAUACAUCGAGAAGCACAAAGAUCGAAAGGAUUUGGUUCGGCGUCUCCGCAAUGCUGCGCACUUGCUGAAGCCCAUUGCGGAAGUGGACUCACAAGAAUAUCCAGGAAUGCAGGCCAUGUGUAUGUCCCUUGUGAAGGUUGGCCUGGAUCACAAAGACAAGGACGUGCGACUCUAUACCGUCCUCUGUUGUAUGGAGCUUUUUGAAGUGUUUGCUCCAGAAGCACCAUGGGAUGAAGGACAAGUGUGCCAUAUAUUCCAACAGACUAUCCAACAACUGAGCAAUCUGUCCCAUACCACUCAGCCAACGCAACCUCAUUACGCCAUGUACCUACGCAUUCUGGAGCUCCUAGCGGAAGUCAAUGUGGGCGCUAUCCUCGUGAAUCUGGCGCAAAAUGAUUUGGAAGAAGAAGAAGAACCGUUCGAACACGAAAAACCCUUGGAAUUACUCUCAGAUCUAUUCCAUAGAGCACUACAUUCCCUCCGCCUGCAGCACACGGCUAUUGUCACGGAAUAUAUUGAAAAAAUGAUCAAUGGUUGCUUGGGAGAAUUCCAGGGAAUUAUCCCAGUCCAGGUGGUGGACCAACUCUUGCUCUGCGUUGGACAAGGACCCACCACUAUGGUCACCAAUCCAGCACUCGCCCAACAACCAAAAGGCAGACAAAGAAACAAUCUGCCACCCAAAAUCUCAGAGGCAAACCCUUCUCACAUGCUGGCCUGCUCUAUUAUUCGGAAAAACACACUCGCGCUGUCGAAUCCAAUCUCCAACCUGUUGAACGGACUCCUCAACGGCGACGCACACGUUCUGGAGCAAAGUGUCAUUGCGGCACACACGGAAGAGGAGGAUGGAGACGAUAGCUCUAUCGAUGUGUGGACAAUUCUUUAUCGGCUGGGAAUGGCUGCACCUGGCAUGCUGACAUCGGUAAUGGGCGCCGUGUCGGAAUGUUUGGAAUCGCAAUCUUUGGAGAGACGCACCAAGGCUGUCAAUCUGAUGGGGCAACUAUUCAGUGCAGAGGGGUCCAAGUUGCCCGCCAAAUUUAGCCACUGCUUCCAGACUUGGGUGCAACGGUACAAGGACGUCGAUAAAGACAUUCGCCUGACCAUGGUCAAGUGCCUCGUCCUUUUGGUCACCAACAACUCCGACACCAGCACAGUGCAACUCUGCGAGCGCGUCUUGAUUUGGAUGAUGAUGAAUGAAAAGGAGCUGGAGAUGAGGCUCUUCGCGCUUCGCGCUGUCUGCGAUUUUGCAUUUGGAAACUCGAAGAGCAAGAACGCGUGCUCUGCAGAGCUUUUGGAGGCCGUGGGGAACAGGGUGGAGUCCAAGGAUGAAGAGGAACGUUUGCAAGCAGUCACUGCAUUGUCGCAAAUUUACCUGAAGUUCUACACACGCCCCAUUAUUCAGGGUAUCCAUGAAGCAGGCGAACAUUGCAGUGUCGAGUUGAUUGCUCAGGUGCUCAAAGAGAACUGCAAUUUGUUGGCUGGUGCCGGCUUGGAGGAUGACGAUGAAGUAGAUGGUGACCUGGGUGAGGACAGCAAUGCAAGGGCGGAACGGAACAAAAAGUAUCGAUGGAUCCCAAGCCGGAUCUUGCUGGGCUUCAUCUGGACCACAGAUCACAGGUUCCAAAAUCGAUUAACGCAAUGCGUGGAUGAUCUCCUCCUCGGCUCUGAUAUCUCAAAGACCGCCAACAAGAAUUUCAGUCCCUCGGCUGGUGCUGUCGGGCUGACAAUCCUGCUGAGUAGCCUCCGUGCUCCCGACGACGAUGCCAACCUCCUGGUCAAGCAUCCCACGAGCAACGCAUUCCACUUUCUACAUAACUUCUUCAAUGUGCGCACUAAGAUACAGGAUGCUGUUGGGGAUUACUUGCAGGCGAGAACCAAGGUGCGGUCUUUUGAAAAAGGUUCCGAGGAAUACUUUGCUGCCGAUAGUGCCGCCAUUCAGAAAUUGGAAGAAGUUGCUGCCUUGCUCCCUCCCGACUCGUCGUCUUCGUCUUUGGACGACAUUCUCUCUGCCCUGCAUGGGGCUCGCGACAAGCACAUCUUCCGAAUCUUGGCCACUCUGACAACCCCCCUUCAGGGUAAAUCUACCAGAAUCCGUGCUCUGGAUGAACUGCCAAAGCGUGUGAAAUCCCUUGGCGAUGAAGUCUCAACCUGGGUUCGAACUUUGACCCGCCGCGCUGUCAUGGGAUCACUUAUCAAUGUUGACAUCGUUCAUCACUGUUUGUGUUGGGCAGCUGAAUGCUUGAAGGGUGGCGAAAUUGAAUGCUGCGUUGCCUUGAUGUCCUCAGUCAGUGUGGCCCUUGCAUCUUCCUCUACUAUCUGCGACGAUCAACGAAAUUUCAAGAUCGUGAAAGACAUGUUUGCUUCUUGCCGAGGAGCGCCGUCCUUCGAUCAGGAUGAGAGAGAAUUCAAACGUCAGGUAGAAGAAAGCGGCUUGGUAUCCUUUCUGAUCUCCCUUUUAGCUACAACUGCCCGGGCCCGACAGAAAUCAACCCCACGUGGCCUUCUGAGCUUUGAGCAGCUUGACGAGCGGCUACGGAAGCAGCUCUUGCAGUGCUGCACAAAGAACGGGACGCCGCAGCAAGCCCGCAGCGCGGUCUCUGUACUGGCAACAACCUUCGGCAAACAAGAAUCCAGCGAUGGGCAAGACGACAGUGAUGGCGGCGAAAGCGAUGACGAGGCAGCGGAACAAUCGUUUUCAUGGUUGUUCAAAGCCCUAACGGCGGCAUCCAACUUGAGCAUAGAUUCGAAACAAGUCAUCGGCAUCCUAGCUGCGCUGGCGGAGUUGUCUAGGCGUGCUCCUCGAUCUUUCAGUCAAGGAGCGGAAGCUGUGACUCGAUUUGCUCUUGAAGGAAUUUUGCUUGGGCGAUUGGCCGGUGGAAAGGGCGACAGUGAAUCAGAGGAGGAAGACGUUGAUGGGGCCGCUGCCAAGAAACGAUCAAAGCCCGCCAAACGGCGAAAGAGGGCACUCACCCCCACGAAGGCGUCGUGCCUGCUGGAAAACGAGGAGCUGUCGUUUGCUUGUCGCAGAUCGUGCGCUGCGAUCGAAUUUCUCUCUCAGUAUGUGAUUUCCAUAGUCCAGAGAUCGCAGCUCGGAGAGGACGUUGUGGUGCCUUCCGAUGAGACGAUUCGGGUGCUGUUCUCCACCUUGACAGACAUCAUUCGCGAUCACGGUGUUCCACCUUCCAACCGGGACAAAGAUCUAUGCAGCAACCGCGGCGAUCUUGCUGCGCUGCGACAAUGUGCUGCCCAACAUCUUCUUCGGCUCUGCAGCAACAGACGGCUUGAAGGCAAAUUUCUCACUUGCCGGAUGUGGCACACUUUGGGAGAGAUAUUCGUGGACGAAGAAACAGCUGUGAGAUGCAGUCUCAUCGAAGAACUCAACCAGAUGAUGAAGGGGGUCGGUUUCUUCAAAGGUCACGAGCCGCCUAGUCUUCGCUUCAUGGCGUUUAUAAUUUACUGUGCUGACGGUGGGAAUGCGGCGCACGUGGGAAAGCUAUCGCAGAUAGCCAAGUCAGCCGCCCAGCAGGGGAUCUCUCGAAUCCGACAGAGAUACAACCAUGCUGCUGCUACUGUUGAUGACGACGAGGAUCCGCAUCGGGAGUUCAUGAGCACUUUCAAGUACACCCCAGAGUACAUUACCUUUUAUACUAUUCAUUUGCUGACGUUUCGAAGGGACACACCAACCACGGACAAGACCACGGAAUCAAAGAUGUCCAAAACAGACGUGGGGCUUCACCGAUUGCUGAAGAAACGUUUGAAGUGGUUGUUCGACCCGCUGGUUCUGAGCUUGGGGGACGUAGCCGACAAUGUUUCCUUUCUUUUGGGUAUCUUGGGUCGUCUCGCCGAAGCGGUACCCGUCGGUUUCACAGAAUCAUCGUCUACCUUGCCCACAAAGGGCAAAAGGAAAGGCCCGCUGAAAAAGGCUUCAAUCGAAGAAACAAAGCUGAGAAUCAUUUGUGAGACUGCGCGGGAUGUCCUGUUGAGUUUUGUCAAGAAAGAUAAUGACCUCGACCAGCACCCGAACUUACCUCCGAUGCCACAAAGCCUGUUUCGUCACAAAGAUGAUGUUCCUCCGAUGGUUGCAUCUCCCGCGCGGCCCAACUUCUCUGACAUUUCAGACAGCGAGGGCGAAGCUGAGAAGAAGCAAAAAAAGAAGACGCCUGCCAAACGCAGCAAACGCGGAGAGAAACAUGACAGCGAUGAAGAAGGGGAGGAGAAGCCGACGAAGAAGACACCUGCCAAACGCCGAGAGAAGGAUGACAGCUCUCGGGACAGCGAGGACGAAGACAAUGCCGCAAAGACGACACCCGCCAAAUGCAACCGCACCAAACGUCGAGAGGAGGAAACCAGCUCUCGGGACAGCGAGGACGAAGACAAACUGGAGACACAGCCACCUAGACACAGUCACUGCAGACGCACCAAAGAUGUUGCAAAGGAGGAAAAGAAAGCGCCCGAGAAGGAACAUGUGGCCGACGGCAAGGAAACAAAGGCAGCAAAGCGUAGCACCAAGCGGGGGGCUCCUCCGAUUCCCUCGCAAGUCAGCGUCGAUCCCUCGAAUGACGAGGCAUCCGUCCUCAGCAGCCCCACCAAGCGUACCCGCAUGGACCCUGCAGAAAGCAGUGACGAGGACGAGAAGCAAACUCCAAAGGCAAAGCCUCUACGAGAUUCAAACCGAUCCACGAGGGGAGCCAAACGAAACCAGAAGAGCAUGGUGAGUCCAACCCCCAACGCCGGCAAGACGAGGCCCAAGCGCAAAUGUCGGACGGAUGGUUGA